AUGCUGCGGUCGGGGAUCACAGGUGCCUUUGCGGCGGCGGCAGCAGCACGUCCUGCCACGGUCCAGGCGUUCUCAAAAGGACAGCGGCUACGACUGCUCGAAGCAAGCCUGCCUCUCUCGCCCUCUCGCUUCUCCUGUCAAGCAAGGUCAUUCAGCCUCAGCACACGCGCAUCGAAUACAUCUCAAAGCUCCGGGAAGACGACGUCCAAAGAUGCAGCAUCCACCGCACGAGACAAGUCGUCGAGCCACAAACCCGGAAGCUCGACACAAUUCAAGAAGCAAUAUCCACCCGUCCGACCAUUGCCCAAGCCCAUCAACUUUGACAAGCCCGCCAUCCCCAACCCACACGAGACCGCUGCCGCACAUGCCAGGUUUCGUCGCGGCAGCCGACAAGUCGGCAUCGCGGCACUGAUCGCCAUCGUCCUUGGCGCAGUCGCUUAUCAGUUCCAAGACAGCAUCCAUCUCGAUGGCUCUGCGGCACCGAUCAGGGGCUUGCAGCUUCCGCAUGACGAGAUGGAACGUCAGGUCCGAGAGGCACAAAAGGCGCAAGCCAACGGCACCAACUUCGCUUUGCUCGCCUUGACCCGCUCCACCACCAUUGCCAAGGCGGUCGCUCUCUGCGUUUGGGAUUAUCGCUCCACGCUCGGCAAGAAGUACGCCUCGAGUGCCGAAGAAGCCGAGGAGCUGCGACAGUGUCACUUGCGGUCCGCCCAUCGUAUCCUGGUAGCUUUGCAGACCAAUGGUGGUCUCUACGUCAAGUUGGGCCAGCACAUCUCCGCUGUCAUCCUGCUCCCCGUCGAGUGGACCUCGACGCUUCGACCCCUCCAAGACCAGAACACGCCCACGCCACUGCCCGAGCUCGAGGCCAUGUUCAGAACCGAGACCGGGAUGAGCUUCGACGAGGCGUUCAGCGAAAUCGAUCCCAAGCCCAUCGGUGUCGCCUCACUUGCCCAGGUGCAUCGUGCCGUCGAUCGAGAGACGGGUCAGGCGCUCGCCAUCAAGAUGAUGCAUCCCGACGUCGAGCGCUUCUCUGAAGUUGACAUGAAGACCGUCACUGUUCUCGUCAAGUGGGUCAAGCGCCUCUUGCCCGAGUUCAGCUUUGAAUGGCUAGCCGACGAGAUGAACGAAAAUAUGCCCCUCGAGAUGGACUUCCGUCACGAGGCGCAAAACGCAAAGAGGGCCGAGGACGACUUUGCAGGCUACCGCACAACGUCCGUCUACAUUCCCAAGGUCAAGUACGUGUUCAAGCGCGUCAUGGCCAUGGAGUUCAUCGACGGUCGUCGACCCGACGAUCUGCGCUACCUCGCUCAGCACAACAUCGACCGCAACCGCGUCAGCCAAGAACUCUCGCGCGUCUUUUCGCAAAUGUUGUACCUCCACGGCUUCUUCCAUGCUGAUCCACACGGCGGCAAUGUCUUGAUUCGACCCGCUCAGCCCGGCAGUCGAUCGCGGUACAACUUCGAAGUUGUGCUCCUCGACCACGGACUGUACUUCGACAUCGAUCCUGACUUGCGCGCCAACUAUGCUCGGUUCUGGCUCUCGCUGCUCAAGCGUGCCAGUCCUGAGGUCACGGCCGAGCGACGCAAGUAUGCCAAGCUCAUCGCCGACAUCGAUGACGACCUGUACCCCAUCUUGGAAAGCGCCAUCACCGGUCGAGCCGGUUUGGAAGGCAGCGACCCCAACAACCCCAACGGCGUCAAGAACCGCAACCGAGCCGGAAGCCUGUUGGAGAUGGACGGCGGCACCAAGCUGACCGACGACGAACAAGAGCACAUCCGCAAGACGGUCAUGCAGAAGGAAGGCCUCUUCGUGUCCAUCAUGGAGCUUCUUCGCCGUCUGCCACGACGAAUGCUCAUGGUGCUCAAGCUCAACGAUCUCACACGCUCGCUCGACGCCAGCUUGCACACUACGCACGGCCCCACGCGUCCUUUCCUCAUCGCCGCGCGCCUCUGCGCCCUCACCGUGUACCGCGACGAUCUCAAGCAGCUCAAGGAGCGUCGCAAGAGCGGCCAAGCCAGUCUGCUUACGUCCUUCUCGUUGUGGAAGGACUACUUCCGCGCAUGGUGGUCGUACGUCUACUUCUACCGUGGACUGGCCAUGAUCGAGAUCGCGUCCGACGUUCGUGCUCGAUGGAAGAAGAUUGUUCAAUUCAGCUCGAACCGAGUUGGAAAAGGAGGAAGCGCCGAGAAGGCCAACAGCGCCGCGGCUGGGCUGCAUGACCAGGCGGAGAGGGAUCAGAAGGAGGGCGAAGACCGAAAGCGUGCCCAGCUGGCCUUGGAGAAGGACUUGCGACACUGA